GUUUCGAAUGAAAUAUUGAGAAGGAAUAGUUUGCAUUCGGAUUCUUAUAUUUGGGUGAACUUUUGAAUACUGCGAAUGUUUAUUCCGAGGGAAAGCCAUUCCCGCGAGAAGUGAGAAAUGGACAUUCCACUCUAGGUGGGAUUCCGUUGAGAAAUAACAACAAAUCGUUCCUCGACUGUCGUCAUCUUCGUGCCUGCAUCUUCGCCCUAGAUCCAGUCUUGGAAUUCUAAGUCAGCAUCAUCAUCAUCAUCAUCAUCAUUUUCUCGUUUUGUGAUUUCCAUUACUGCGUUUUCAUCAAUCGUUGAGUUUCAUCACGAACAGGUGAAAAUUCUAGAAAUCUACCAGAAAAGAAGAUAUUUUGCAAGAUUUUGUGCUAAAUGAACCCACAGAAUCAAGGAUCCUCAGUCCCGCCUGCAGUAGAACUUUUAGGGAAGCGGAAACGUGGUCGUCCCCGUAAGGAUGAGAAUCAGGCUCAGGGGAACUCCCCUGCAAUGCCUAAAUCUGAUGGCACAAUGAGCAAUCAACAUGUUGAAGUUGCUCCAAGUGCUACUAAUGAUGAUGACAUGGUGGGGCAGGUGGUUUCUGGUGUUGUUGAGGGUACAUUUGACGCUGGAUACUUUCUCUCUGUCAAGGUAGGUAACACUGACACUCUUCUGAGGGGUGUUGUAUUUCAACAAGGACGUUUUACUCCUAUAUCUGAGGCAAAUGAUGUUGCUCCACAAGCUAAGAUGUACAAAAGGAAAAAUAUUCCUAUCCCAGUUCUCAAUCGACAAACUCAGAUUAACAGCUCAACCCCCCGACCUAAACAAAAUAAUGAGCAACCCAUCCAGUUCGCUAAACAGGCACCUGUUGUUCCUGGCCUAGUUACACCCUCAAAGCUUCCACCUAACAUCCCACAUGCACCUCAUAAGCAAUGUGUCUCUGUUGUGGUUAAUUCAACUGGAAACUUUCCAAUGAACUCAGGUCUUUCUGUGGGGAAAAAUGUUAUGCCGCCAAAGAUUUCAGACUCGAUGCUUCCAUCUGCUCAACUUCUACCAUUUAAGCACCCAUCUGGGCCAUCAUUUUCACCUGUUAAGCAACCUGUCCCUGUUGGCUUGCCAAAGAAUGAUUCAAGUGUUCCUUUAGGGAGAAACAUUAUCUCACCAAAAACUUCAGAGUCAGAGCUUCCAUCUACCCAAGUUUUAGCCCCUGAACUUACAUCUGACCCCUCAUUUGCAUUUGAUAAGCAAUCUGCUCCUCAUAUAGUUACUGUGCCAAAGAAUGACUCGACUCUUUCCUUGGGGAUAAAUGCUAUCCCAACCUCAGAGCCUGAGCUUCCAGCUCCUCAACUUUUAGCCUCUGUGCAUAUGUCUGACCCCUUAUCUACACUUGUUAAACAAUCUGCCCCUGAUCUGGUUACUGUGACUGAUGGCUGUCCAAAGAAUGACUUGGGUCUUCCCUUGGAGAAAAGUUUUAUCCCAUCAAAAGCUUCAGAGUCUGAGCAUCCAUCUGCCCAAGGUUUAGCUUCUGAACUUGCAUCUGAACCCUCAUUUGCACUUGAAAAGCAAUCUGCCCCGGAUGCAGUUACUGUGAUUGAUAGCUGUCAAAAGAAUGACUUAGAUCUUUCCUUGGGGGAAGCUGUUAUCCCACCAAAGACUCAAGCUCUACAUGACGCCGUUGGUUCUGGACUUAAUCCAGGUCUAUUGAUUGAAGCCGAAGUGAAGAGCCCAAAUCUCGAACUCCACCUCACUUCUAUGACUGCUGGACCUAAAACUUUGCCUCCUGAGCAAAUGGACACCCCCUUGGUAAAACAGGAUUCUCCAAAGAAUAUUAUUCCACAGGCUGUGGAGGGGGAACUUGCAGAUAAGAUUUUAGAGGGUGAUGAAACUUCUGAAAAUGGAAAGCCAGUAAGAAAUGCUGCUGAUAACAUUGAAGGGGACUUACAGUCAUCACCAAAGACCACCCAGCCGGAAAUGAUAUUACAGACCGAAUCAGUUCUCCCUGGGAUGCUCAACUCUCAAGUUUCUAGCUUGGCGGAUCCCACCAAAGAUGUAGAUCACAAUGUUCUCCAAGAUGCUGUCCCACCACCAGAGUCUUGUAGUGAUCCUGUGGUGUCCAACUCUUCAGUUGAAAAUGGGGACUCUGUCCAGAACUGAAGUGGGCUAACUACUACAACAUAUGGUGCAUGUGGAAUAAAGCAGGAUGGCAAAACAGUGACAGUGAAUGAUUUAGUAUUUGCACUGGACACGAUAAUUAAAUGUAUGUAGGAAUUAGUUCGCAGCCUUUUACAAUUCUUUAAUGGUUUCCAUCUUCUGAAUACUGCAACCUGGCUUCAGUUUAUGUUUAAAAUUAUCCACUUCCAUAUGUGGAAAAUCCUUGGUUCUUGUCAUAAUGAAUUCUCCACAAUCACUCAAGGUGUUUUUUGUUGCUAAA